AUGGACAGGAACACUGGACGAAGCCGUGGAUUCGCGUUCGUGACGUUAGCGAGCGCGGAAGACAUGGAACGCGCGAUGGCGGCGACGAACGGCGUCGACGUCGACGGACGAGAGUUGCGCGUGUCCCAGGCGCAAACCGCGGGUGAACGCCGGGACCGACCGAUGCGUAUGGAUGGUGAACGCAGACCUCAGCGCAACCGUGAUGCUGAUAACCGACGAGUGUACUUUGGUAACUUGUCCUGGGGUAUGGAUCAUCUCGAUUUGCAGGACCUUUGCGGCGAGUUUGGCUCCGUCGAGGACAGCCGGUUGAUCACCGAUCGCGAGACUGGACGCUCGCGUGGGUUCGGUUUCGUCACCAUGAGCAGCGAAGCCGAAGCCGAUGAGGUUGUGGCGCAGCUCAACGGCCAAGAUGUCGACGGGCGCGUGCUCCGAGUUAACAUCGCCAACUCUGACUAA